CAAGGCAUUUUCAUUCUGUAAAUGAAAGAAUGAACUUGCUGCUGACAGGUGGGAUGGAUCGAAUCAUUCAAGUCUGGAAUCCUUAUCUGCCUGGAAAACCAACAGGUACGCUGAAAAGCCACACAGCUCCAGUGAUCGACAUCCAUGCAUCUGCUGAGGAUAACGAAAUAUCUUCCAGGUCCUCGGACAACACUAUUAAGAUCUGUCUGGAAACAGACAGCCGCUCGUUUAUGGCCUCCUCCAAAGCCAGUGGUAUCCAGGGGGAGGGCGCGGCCUGCCUCUAUCUCCCCCACCCCAGAGCCCUGCGUGUGGCCACCAACACGAUUGCACCCCUGCACCUGCGACUCAGAUCUCCCCCGGAGCCUUCCCUGGUGAUUUCCCACCAAGAGCCCGCGGUUUGCUACCGCUACAACCGGGCCUUCAGGCAAGUGGUCAGCUGCACGGAAGCAUCUGUGGUGAAAGUAUGGGACUUUGAAACAGGAAUUGUUUCUGGAUUUACCGGGGCUCAUGGCAAUGCUGGAAUCAUUCUGACCUUUGACUCCAGUGGAAGAAGGCUAGUCACUGGGGGCAGAGAUGGCUGUCUGAAGAUAUGGAGCUCCAACAACGGACAUUGUCUGCACACACUGAAACAUGAUGAAAAGCAAAGUGAAGUCUGUGAUUGUACCUCCUUGGAGGUGAACCAAAAUAAGUGCAUCAUAGCUGUUGGAUGGGACAGGAGAAUAAAUGUGUAUUUUGAUGCACCAUGUGACUUUCAUCACUUCUGGAAGCCGCAGCCACACUGGCAGGAUGACCUGAACCAUGGGCACAAAGAGGACAUCCUCUGUGUGGCUCAAUGCCCACCUUUUCUUCUCAUGACUUCCAGUUACGAUGGAGAGGUCAUCAUUUGGAACAUCAUCUCAGGCCACAUUUACUGCAAGCUGAACACUCCCAGCCCCUCUCAUGGUUGCAGAAGAAAGAACAGAGUCCAGGCUUAUCUUUCCCAAGUCGCAGUCUGCAGCCACUCAUCUGCCAACAGCCAGGGGACCCACUACCUCAUACCCAUGGAGCCCCAACAGGGGAGACACAAGGCACUGGUGAUUUUGCAUAAAACUGCAGCAUUUAUUGCUUCAAGUUAUGUGACUGUUGGCUUUGAGAAACUCCUUUUCUGCUCCCCAAAUGCAAAGCCAGCCAUCGUUACCAAUAAUUCACAUUUCUACAUUGCAAAAAACGAGGUGAAAACUCAAGGAGAAAAACGUAAAGAGAGCUCCUUGCCCACAACCUCAAGUAGCAACGUUCUUUGUGGUUCUCACAGGUUUCAUCUAAGCCCAGAUCGGAGCAUUUCCUGUCUUGCCCUCUUGAAGACUCGAGCAGCCAAGUUUGAAUCAGUGGCCACUUCCCUAAUCACCAAUGGGCCCCAAGGUUCUGUCACCUUCUGGAGGCUGUUCGGUGGGGCCCGUCCCAUUGCAAACCUCACUCCUAUAAGUUGGACAUCCAGAGACAAAGCACAGGUCAGCAGCAUCGCAGUGACAGCAAGAGAUGCCCUCGCCUACGUGGCCGAUGAGGAAGGCUUUGUGCACGUCUAUGACAUCAAAGAAUAUGGCCUGCAGGGACCCGAGCUGCAGUCCCCCAAGAGAACCUUUGGGCAGCAUAGCCCCUGGGAUAUUUUCAUUCCUGCCUCCCGGAGCCACCCUAGAGUGCCCUAUGAAAUUUUGACAGAUCCCCAGAGCAUGCCUGCUCCCCCAGUGGUGGAAGGGGAUGUUGCUGCUAUGCACAAAGGAAAGGAGGAGCGAGACAGUGUGGUGGAGGAAAAGGCUAAGUGUUCCUUCUUCCGGCCUGAAAAAACGCCUAAGCCUUGCUCUCCAGAAGACUCCAUCCUUGAAGUUGAACUGAAACAAGACAUAAAUCAAUGGUAUGCAUUUUGCAAUGGCAGCUGCCAGGGCCUCCCACCUUCCAGACAGUGUGAAGAAACAGAGGCAUGGCGAACAGACGUCCAAGACAAAGGGGAGGCACCUCCCAGCCAGAUCAGCAACCUUUAUGGACUUUUCUAG